AUGGAUGAGUUAAAUGCGUGCACUGAGUGUGGAUUCACAACUACAGUAUACUCGGAGUUUCAAGGGCAUAUUGGUAAGUGUGGGAUUUAUCAGGUUCUGGCAUCUAAUUGCCAGUUUGUUGUUGACAGCCGAUAUUACAUAUUAAACCGUUACAGAAAAACACGAAAUUGAGCAUAGUCGAUCAUCCAGUGGAGAAAUGUCCAAUUCACAGGUUUGUUUUUGCAAUGAUUUGAAAAAUAUGUUUCUCGAGGAGAAACCGCAUGUUCAAUUUUUUGGGGUAGACCAGCCUUUCAAUCUGUCUCUCAUUAAAUCACAAAAAAAUAAUAGACUAACUACAGUAAGAAUAUUUCGAAGAUAAAUGUCGUUGCUCGCAACAUUGGAUAAAAAGCAGGUGCAAAAGUCUAAUGCGACAAAAAGCAAUAAAAUCUGAUUAGGUAUACGGUAGAAAAGUCGACACUUUUUUUCUAAAAUCGUUUUUCAACAUAAAAUGGAAUAUGUAGAUGAUUUGUUUCUCGAAAAAAACUUUAUUUUUUUCAAAAAGUUUAGCUAGAGAUUAGUUUUUUUUUCAAAAUUAAAUUUUUCAGAGUAUUGAAUGGACAGAAGGUAGUCAAUCAGCUACUCCAUCACCUCGAUCAACACCUCCAACUGAUCCAACACCUAGUCCAAAUUCAAGUGAACAAAUUGCCAUAUCAGAGAUCACGAAUCUACUCAAUAAAAGUAACCCGAUAAAUGUUUGCAUUCAUAUUUAAAAUUCCUUUUUUCUUCAGAAGAGCCUUCAACCAAAACUCCAAAACAAGUUCACAUUUGUCCACAUUGCAAUUUCACCACGUGUAUGUCACAACAUAUGAAAAGCCAUUUGGUAAGUGUUAAAAAGUGGGCGGAGCUCAAAUUUCCUGUUGUUUCUUGCUCGAUAGUAACAAAAAGCAAUCAUUUUUCACUAUAUUUUUUUUCUCGCUUAUUUUUAUGAUUAAUAAUUAGUGCGUUUUUUCUCCCAAUCAAACCAAAAGUUCAGAAAAAUCCCCAAAGAUUUUGCCCAAAUUUCAGUUUUAUUAACAAAAAAGAGAGAAAAUAUUCGAUAAUAUUUCUAUUUUUAAAAAUGUUUUUGCCAUUUUUGGAAAACGUUGGAAAGGUAAGUCAGUCAGUCACUGUGUAAACAUGACCGAGAUGGUGCUUCUUCUCAGGAUGAGAUGGCUACUAGUAUAUAGAAAAAUGUUUACUUUAGUUUGGCGGAAAAAGGGAAUACUGUCCAGUUGACUCUUUCUUGAAAAAAUAAGAUUGUUUGUGCUUUGGACAACCAAAUCACUUCCGUCCUUUGAAAAUCGAAGGGACGGAUUCGACAGAAGUUUUUUUUUCAUUUUAGAAAAGAAUCAUAGACAAUUUUGAGAUAGUUAAUCGUCAGACAUGUACUUGUAUCCCACGAGUUCCCAAAAAAAGACCUCGAAAAUAAUCAGAUUUCUCCCAAAAAAAAACUAAGAUCACAUGAUUUCAUAUUGUUUUUCAGGAAGCACACGAACGCCAUCAAGGUCAAAUGUACCAGUGCGAUGUUUGUAAAAUGCAGUUCAGUCAAAAGGUGGAUUAAUUUUUUAAGGAAAGAUCAAUCAAUAACUUUUCAAAUUUCAGGCAAAUAUGCAUCGCCAUCGAAUGAGGCAUAGCGGUGUUAAGCCGUAUGAAUGUCGUUUUUGUAAGAAGAGAUUUUUCCGGAAAGACCAGGUUUGUUGUAUUUUCAAAAUUUUCUUUUUUGAAUUGCGCAAUUCAAUGUCUAGCAAAAUGCAAAUUUAUGAGAUAAAAAAUCCUGUUUUUUUCUCCUUUUUUCACUUUUUUUUUCUUCGUAAUCAAACCGAAAGUGAAAUUGAUCUUUCUAACGUUUUUUGGAUCGGCAAGGUCGACCUCCUCCGGGAAGAAGACGAAGAUGGCAUAUACCCGUUUUUUUCGCUUCAAUUUCAUCUUUUUUCCUCAAGGUCAUCGAGCCCAAGACCUUGGGGAGGAAGAGAAAAUCAGGCACGCUCUCCCUUUUUUCUUUCUAUUUCCCUUGUUGCCCCCGCGCAUACCUUUUCUCAACUCUCUCUAUUUCUCUUAAAAAGCUUGUUAUCUCUACUUUGAUUUCUUUCCCGUCCGUCCCCCGUCAGCCCUGCCUGCUUGCCCGUCCCGAAAAAAUGCCGAAGACAAAAAAGUCAUUAUUCUUAAAUUGUAAUAAGUGAAAGGUGGAAUAUAUCUAGAUUUUUUCUCGCCAAUUUUUCGGUUUUCCACUUCGCGCUUCGAUGAGUUCAUUUUAUCAUGACGUUAGUUGGGAGCAAGUGAUUAGGGAGAAAAAAAAAAUAAAAACUUCGAAAAUAUUGAGAGAGAGAAAGAUAUUAAUAAUUGAAGAGGAGAAAAGAAAAAUAAUUGGAUGGGAAAAUGAUUCGAGACAAAGUACAGAAUUUUUGAGAAAUCAAAACAAACCAAAACAUUUUUUGUGCUGUAAACCAAUUAAAAUGAUAAAAGUGUGCAAAACAAGAAAAAGAAGGCCAAGAAAAAGUUGGAAAAUUGUGAGGGACGUUUAUGAGAAAAGCGCAAUGGUUCAUAUUUGUCGAUCAAUUAUUGACUAAUUUGGAACUUCUGCAUUGAGUUGUUCAAAAAUUGUUGACUAAACUCGAGCCCUGAAUAGUGUUAGAGAACAAUCAAACUCAAAUUUGAUAUUGAAAGUUGACUUAAACACUUUUCAAUUCUCAAAAUACAGGCUUCAUAAUUAGGAGUUUCAAAUUCAUGGAAUGAAUCCUCCUCAAGAAUCCUAACAUAACAUCUCUGAACGUGAGAAAAUCUUAAUCAUACAUUUUUUUCAGAUGCAAGAGCAUUCAAUGACACAUAUUAAAACGGGUUUUGGAUUUGAUUGUCCGGUUGCUCAUUGUACAAUGCAAUUCAGUCAGCAUAAUUCUUUAAGGUAAACACCUCCAGCAUUACAUUUUUUACAUAUCUAACUUUCGAUUUUUCUAGAACACAUCUUGAAGAAACACAUGUAAUUUCAUCUGGAAAUCAGGCAUCUUGUAAACGAUGCAAUUUGAUGUUUGCAAAUUCUCGCCGAUUACUUUUACAUUAUCAAACUCGACACGAUGAAUCAGAGGUACAAUCUGUUUUGAAUCAAAAUUUCAUACAUUUUCAAUUAUUUUCAGCAAUCAAAUUCCUCCCCAGCCAAACGUGAAUCAACACCAAAACGUAAAAAGUUGAGUGCCAAUGUUUCCGAGUCGUCAUCUUUGAGUUUUUCGGAACAACUUCAAAAUUUGGUCAAGUCUGAUUUUGUUGGAACAACAUCAGAGAACCCAAUUAUGAACACUGAUUAUGAUUUACUGGUGAGUUGUAUUCUUCACACUGUCUGUGAGAUCUUUUUUAUUCAUUUUUCUUCAGGCGCAGAAUUUCCCAUCAAGCCAGGAUCUUUUGAUGUUGUGUCUUCAAAAUAUCAGCCAAGGACAGUUUCCAAGUUUUGGUGAUAACCUCCCACAAGCUCUCAUGGGAAUGUCAAAUUUCCAACUUCCUUUACAACAACAAAUUACUCAAGCCGUUCCGCAAACUGUUCCAAACCCCAUCAAGCAAGAAUCAGUGCAACUGUGGUCAGAACAAACAUCAAGCUCAGUCAGUGUCAGUGCUCCAAGUCCCAGUGAGCAAUCGCAUUCACCAUCAGCUGAACUCUCAAAAAUGUCGACCCCAAAAGCUGGAACACCAGACAAUGCACCAAAAGAUUUGAGUAUUCCGAAAAAAGAAGAAAUUGAAGUUGAUGGCGAAGAGGGAGAAGAAGAAGAGGAGGAAGAUAUUAAUGUGAUGACUGAAAAAUCACCGAGUCCGGAAAAAGAAGAAGAUGAGAAUGUGGUAAGUUUUUAUGAAAAACAACGGGAAAUUAUUAACUUUUCCUGUUUUUGUUGGAAAUGAGAAUAUAUAGGGAAUAAUAGGAAAUAACAAUACAUAUGUAGUUGUAUUUUGGGAAAAAAAAUAUUUUGGGAUUAUCUGAUCAUUAAUUUUUACGAGAACAUUUAUCCAUUAUACAUAUGUAUAUUAAACAAUUACAAUUCUGAAAUCAAGGUCCAGGUGAAGAACAUUUUCCUGAAAACAUUGAUGAGAAGAGAAGAAAAUUGUUUGAUUUUUAUGUUGGUUUUCUAGCAUAUAAUUUGGUUCAAUCUCAAUAUUAUCAACUUACAACCUAGAGUUUUAGUAACUUAUAAUUAUACAAAUUGAAAAAUUGAACCUUUUAGACUUAACAAUUUUUGUUCUCUGUAAUCAUUUUCUUUGAAAAAAAAACAUAAAAUAUAUCGUUUCAGGAAUGCAAUCAUUGUGGACUUAUGUUUUUUGACAACACCAUGUACCUUUUGCACAAAAGUUUGCACGCUGAAGGCGAUCCAUUCCGAUGUGCACUUUGCGGAACUCAAUGUGGUGAAAAAUAUAUGUUUACCACACAUAUAAUUUUUGCUGAUCAUAACACAAAUACUAACGCACCUGGUCCAUCGAAUUCGACUUCAGUUGUGACAUCGGCAAAGAAAAGCGCAAUGACAUAA